AUGAUUUCUGAAUCCAUAAGGCAUAGGAAGAAAAGCAACAUUAUAUUUUAUUUCUCUGAAACUCAUUUAAAUUCUAACUGGUCUGAUGACGAAUUGCAAAUUAGAGAGUUCAACUUCAUUAGGAAGGACCGAACUUAUGCCUCAGGUGGAGGUAUUCUGAUUUAUAUCCCAGAAACAAUUAAUUUUCAAUAUCGCAAUGAUUUCUCGUUACAAGAAAAUAAUUAUCCGCUUGAAUUUAUUUGGUUGGAAUUUAAGCAUCCUAAUUCAAAACCCUUCCUGAUGGCCAUUAUGUAUCAACCGGGAAAUAAUACUCUCUGGAGAGAUAACUUAAACUAUGUAUUAGACAUGGCUGACAAUGAACACAAAGAAAUAAUUAUGUUAGGGGACUUAAACACAAAUUUUCAAGAUAAACAUUCUUAUCAACAACUUCAUGUUCUAACAUCUCAGUAUCAGCUUAAACAACUUAUUGAUGCAGUUACCAGGCCAAUAUCAGGUAAAACAAUUGACCUUAUCUUUACCUCUAAGGAAGAUAAUGUUAUUAAAUCAGGCGUGCUAGAUAUUGGGAUGAGUGACCAUUUGCCAAUUUUUAUCUCUAGAAAAAUUAAUUCCAGGAUCUCAAUUAAACAAGGUUUACAUACAACGAUUAGUUAUCGCAGGAAGAAAGAUUUUAUUGCGAGUGAUUUUGACAAUGACCUUGUUGAAGAAAUCCCGUUAAGCCUUUAUGAAAUCUUUGAUGAUCCAAACGAUCUAUUAGACUGUUGGUACUCUCACUUUAUGAAAAUUUUGGAUAGGCAUGCACCUUUAAUAAAACGUAGAGUCAGAAAUAAUAAACUGCCGGGGUGGUUUAAUUCUGAAGUACGUUGCUUUAGCCGCAAAAGAGACUUUUUCUUAAAGCAAUUUCUAAAAACCAAAAACUCUGACACAUGGUGUACCUACAAAAAAUGGAGAAAUAGAACUGUUCAUAUUAUUAAAAAGUCAAAAGAGGACUACUAUAAGAACCUCCUGACUGAUAAUGUACAUAAUCCACGACAAUUAUGGAAAAUUCUAAAAGAUAUCUUGCCGACCAAUGACACUGUCCCCCAAAUAACACUUAACAUUAAUGGCAAGGAGAUCAGUGAUCCUAUCGAGGUUGGCGAUCUCUUUAAUGAAUACUUCUCCUCUAUUGCAGACAACUUUGAUAUCAGUUUACUAAACAACCCGAUUAAUACUCAUUUACCAAUUGCAACAAAUCAUAUUAAGUUUACAAUUCCACUGAUAACAAUCGAUGACAUACUAAAUCUUGCAGCCGAAUUAGACCAGAACAAGUCAACCGGUCUUGAUGGUAUUCCUGCCUACUUCAUCAAGUCCUCGAUUCAUUCCAUUGCACCCAUAAUACUUCGCAUUUGUAAUAUGAGCAUUGAAAAUGGCGUCUUUCCCAACAUGUGGAAGAAAGCUAGACUGAUUCCAAUCUAUAAAGCUGAAACACGUACUGAGAGAAACAAUUACAGGCCCAUUUCUAUAUUACCGAUUCUAUCUAAACUCCUCGAACGACAUGUUGCCAACUCAUAUGUAAAAUUCCUCACAGAAAAUGAUAUUCUAUCAAGUUGCCAGCAUGGUUUUCGAGCCCAUCACUCUUGUGAAUCUACUCUAAUAUUGAUCUGUGAACACCUUCUCGAUAACAUUGAGCAAGGUUUAAUUAAUGGUAUAGCUCUAAUUGACCUCUCCAAAGCGUUUGACCUGGUCGAUCAUAGAUUGCUACUGCAGAAAUUAGAACAAUAUGGCAUUACUCCAAUAGCUUUAAAAUGGUUUAAAUCGUAUCUAAAUGAUCGUUACCAAGUAGUACAAAUUGCAUCAUUCCUAUCCAACCCAGCUCUGAUAAAGUCUGGUGUGCCUCAAGGAUCUAUACUAGGACCAAUUCUCUUUCUUAUCUUUAUUAACGAUUUACCCAGUUACGUUGGAAGUUCUAAGCCUUUUUUAUUUGCCGAUGACUCUACACUAAUAUCCUCCGGAUCGGACCUUCACGAACUUAGUGUCUCUCUAAAAUCAGAUAUGACCUCAGUGUCCCGUUGGACUAACCAUAACAAAAUGUCUCUUAAUCAUGGCAAGACAAAAAUAAUGAAAAUAUAUUCCCAAUCCAAAUUCCCUGAUCUUAGUCCAAUAACCAUUGAAGUCAAUAACAAUAAUGUUAAGGAGAUUACAUCCGCCAUUCUACUUGGAUUUACAUUAGACCAACAUCUGAAAUGGGAUAGGCAAAUUAAUACCAUCUACAAUAUAAUCAAUUCUAGACUUUACCUGCUCAAACGUAUACGUAGCUAUCUCACUUUUCAAUCCCGUAUUCAAUUAUAUUACGCACUAAUCUACCCACACUUGCUAUAUUGUAGCACAGUCUGGGGCAAUGCUAAUAACGAUCUAAUUACGUGCCUACUAGAACUACAGAAACGUGCAGCGAGACUAAUUCUUGAGCAGUCAACUGAAGUGCCUUCAAUUGUGCUUUUUCGUAAACACAAUUGGAUACCUAUUUUUAAUUUGAUCAAAAUGAGAAAAAUAUUAUUGGUAUUCAAUACUUUAAAAACAUCUUGGCCGCCGGAUCUUCGUAAAUUGUUUGUCUUUGUUCGCGACUCUCAUCCAAUUCCAACUAGAUUGUCUAUUACAGACUUAAAAGUUCCAUCAGUUAAGACCACGCAAGCAAAAUCCAACAUUUCCUUCAGUGGUGCAAGUUUAUUUAAUUCUUUACCUUCCGAAUUAAAAGAUAUUGAAAAUCACUCAAUUUAUUCCUAUAAAAAGAAGCUCAAAACCUACUUUAUUCAAUUGAAUUAUGAAGUAGAUCACGUUAAUAAAUUCCGCUGCAUCGAUUGUAAGCAUAUUACUCAUUGUCAAUGUUACUCUCAAUAG